GAACAAUUUGUGUGGAACGUCAGUACAGGAAUAUCAAAUUUAAAAUUGUCUAUGGCUACUUUUGACAUAAUUGUUUUCGCUUCUUUCUUUCUAGUUUCUUUUUGCUAUCUGUCAGAAGACGAGAGCAAGUCACAAUCAUGGGCCGUGUUAGAACUAAAACCGUCAAGAAAGCGGCGAAGAUUAUCAUAGAGAAGUAUUAUACUAAACUCACCCUUGAUUUCGACACAAACAAGAGAAUAUGUGAAGAAAUCGCUAUCAUUCCUACCAAACCUCUCCGUAACAAAAUUGCAGGGUUCGCCACCCACUUGAUGAGACGUCUCCGUCACUCCCAAGUCCGUGGAAUCUCUAUCAAGCUGCAGGAGGAGGAGAGGGAGCGACGUGACAACUACGUUCCUGAAGUUUCCGCACUGGAACAUGACAUCAUUGAGGUUGACCCAGACACUAAGGACAUGUUGAAAAUGCUUGACUUUAACAACAUCAAUGGUCUGCAGCUGACGCAGCCAGCCACUCAGGGUGGUUAUGGUGGCAGACGUAAUUAAGUGUAAUAAAUUUAUAAAAUAAA